UUGAUAUGUUCUUCAAUGCACUUUAGUUCAUAAACUGUAAAACCCUGCCAUGUAGUGGCAAUGGCAAAACAGCUAUUUUACAUUUAAUGUUUAUCCUUGGAAUGUUCCGCCCACAGGCCACAGUUUAAUACCAAUAACUCAAUGAAGCUCUGCUUACCUCAAAUACAAUCUCACAACUUUUUUGUUGCCGUAAUCCAAUGAUGAGGGGUUUAUCUGAGGAAGAAAGCUGCAUUGCGAAAGCAUGAGAAAGGUUGACAAUUCUGAUCCGAAAAAAUAAGAGAAAGGAUUACAAUUUGAGUAAUGACAAGUGUUUCUGGCUAUUUCACGAAGGGGUUAACUAUCAUAUCUGAAACUUGUCUAAGCCAACGACAGUUGAAGCUGAUCGAACUCAACUCUCGCCUAGCAAAUUUAAAUCGCUCAAUUCGCUACCAAGAUGCCCUCCAUCUGUUCGACGAAAUUUACUGUCGACACCACGAUGUUAGACCCGACCAUUACACUUUGUCCACCACCCUCAAAGCAUGUGCCAAUCUCCCCAACCUCCCAUUCGGAACGAAGCUCCACGCCUACGCCAUCAAAUCCGGCUUCAAAGCCUACUCUCAUGUCUCAAACACACUCCUUUUCCUUUAUUCCAACACCCAUCAUUUAGCUUCUGUUCAGAGGCUUUUUAAUGAAAUUAAAGACCCGGAUGUUUAUUCUUGGACUACCAUGCUGUCUUCGUGUACCAAAUUGGGAGGAAUUUCUUAUGCACUACAGGUGUUUGAUAAGAUGCCCAAGAAAGAAGUGGCGGUAUGGAAUGUGAUGGUUACUGGGUGUAUGGAAAAUGGGUAUGAAGACCUUGGGUUUGGCUUUUUUAAGCACAUGCACUUUUUGGGUUUUAAGCAUGAUAAUUAUAGCUUCGCUAGUGUGUUGAGCGAGUGUUAUAGUGAAAAUUUGGGAUUUGGGAGGCAAGUUCAAGCUUUGGUGGUUAAAACUGGGUUUUUGUUCCGAGCUUCCGUGGUUAAUGCUGCGAUUACUAUGUAUUUUAAUUGUGAAGAUGUUGUAAAUGCAUGCCAGGUUUUUGAAGAAGUAGAGAGCUUCGUGUAUGAUCCUAUUACUUUUAAUGUAAUGAUAGAUGGUUUAAUGAACGCAGGAAGAGUCAAACAGGCAUUGUUAAUGUUUAGGGAGAUGUUACAGGCUUGUUUGAGCCCCUCUGAACUGACUUUUGUGAGUUUACUUAGCUCUUGUUCAUGUGGAAGAGUUGGGGAUCAAGUAUGCGCACAAGCUGUAAAGUUGGGUUUUGAACAGUCUACCUCUGUGAGCAAUGCAGCGAUAACUAUGUAUUCUAGUUGUGGGGAUUUAAAUACUGCUCGUUUAGUUUUUGAGAGAUUGGAGCAAAAGGAUAUUGUGUCAUGGAAUACUCUGGUAUCAACUUAUACUCAAAGAAACUCUAGUAGCUCUACGUUUCUUAUCUACAUGGAAAUGCGAAGGUCAGGGAUUGAACCGGAUGAGUUCACUUUUGGAAGCUUAUUGUCAUGCUCAGAAUUCAUAGAAAUGGGUGAGAUGAUUCAUGCCCUUGCGUUUAAAAAUGGACUUAUUUCAAGAGUCCAGGUUUCCAAUGCAUUGGUUUCUUCAUACUCUAAGCAUGGGAAGAUGAAUCAGGCCUAUCAAAUAUUUCAAGCGUCUACCAAGAACUUGAUCUCCUGGAAUACUAUUAUAUCAGGGUUCUUUCUAAAUGGGUUCCCAGCUCUGGGCCUAAGGCAAUUAACCAAACUAUUAAUGUCAAACCUCAGGCCAAAUACAUAUACACUUAGCAUCGGUAUUAGUAUUUGUGGCAGCAUCUCAUCCUUAAGUAAUGGGAAACAACUUCACAAUUAUAUCCUUAGGCAUGAUUUUUCUUCAGAAACAUCUUUAGGCAAUGCUCUAAUCACAAUGUACGCAAAAUGUGGAACUUUAAGUUGGUCUUUGAGAGUUUUUGAUGAGAUGAUUGAAAAGGACACAAUCACUUGGAAUGCCCUCAUUUCUGCUUUUGCGCAACAUGGAGAAGGUAAAGAAGCUGUCCUUUGUUUCAGGGAAAUGAAAAGUGCAGGUGGGGUUAAACCUGAUCAAGCAACAUUUACUGCUCUUCUUUCUGCCUGCAGCCAUGGUGGUUUAGUUGAUGAUGCCACUUGGAUAUUAAAUUCCAUGGUAAAUGAGUAUGGCUUUGUGCCCGGAGAAGAUCAUCUUUCAUGCAUGGUUGACCUUCUUGGUCGGGCUGGGUAUCUUGAUGAAGCUGAAGGAGUAAUAGACAUUGAGCAUAUUGAACCCCAAUCUAAUAUCUGGUGGAUCAUAUUCAGUGCUUGUGCUGCUCAGAGUAAUCUAAGGCUUGCAAGAAUUAUUGCUAAGUUUCUCCUUGAAAUAGAGCAAAAUAAUCCAUCAGUUUAUGUGCUUUUAUCAAAUACGUAUGCAGCUGCUGGGCAAUGGGAAGAUGCAGCUAGAGUGAGGGAAUCCAUGAAAAAUGUUGGGGCAACGAAGCAACCUGGGUCAAGUUGGAUCAGUAUAUAGAUCCCUUCUGAUGCACUCUUCCCUCUCCCCUACAAGGCAAAGUCAUUUUCUGUUCUUUUUGUGUCAGAUGGCCUUUAUUAUUUGUCUCCAAAAACCUGAACAAAACUUAUCCUGAGUUGGCAAGGGUGUCCUCUGAAGGUCUAAUUAUUUUCACAGGUUAUUCCUUACUCUUUUAAGUUGCAUGUAAAUUAUAAAAUUAGAGUUACUCUGGCAGAGAAAGUGCUUGUAUAA